CAGGCUUAUUAGGAGCUUUAUCUAGAAGCGUUGGCAUAUAUUCCACUCGUCUUCCCUCACCGACUUUCACAACUACUUACUCCGUGACUCACCCAUUACAUUUCAACUCCACCUGUUCAGACUAUUCUUCAAUUUAAGUGCUGUCUCCAAUCGCCUUACACUUUGCUGUGCACUUCUUAUUGAGAACGCUCGCCUCAUUCGAAUCCCAUCUACUCUCUGUUCAUCAACCAAUUGAGCAAUCGCGCUUGCAGAACACCGCCAUCAUGGCUACCAACAACAAUGACAACGCCAUGACUCGAUUCCUGUUCGCUAUUCUGAAGCAGAAGAACCUCAAGGACAUCAACUGGGACCAGGUCGCCCACGAUCCAGUCUUGGGUGAAGGCAAGAAGAUCACCAAUGGCCACGCUGCUCGGAUGAGAUAUUCGCGCUUCCGAUCUUCUAUGCUAGGUCUUGAGCCGACUCGACGAAAUCGAACAGGCCAGCCGAAGUCUCGCGUUACCAAGUCGAAGAAGGAGCCGAGAUUGAGGAAAGGCGAGAAUGUCAAGUCUGAACUUGCUUUAGAUUCUCCCGAGCUUCAUGACUCGAUUGAGACAACUCCCCCAAGAAUUAAGCAGGAGUCCCCAUAUCCUAGCUUCGAGAGUCGGCUCACUCCACGCCUAACUCCUGGGCCUGGUUCAAUGCCGCCUCCUAUGCAUAACACCUCUGGCGUAAUUCAACCUCGACUUCUGACGCCAUGUAGCGACAUGGACAUGUUUUCUCCCUCGCCAACCCUCAUGUCUAGCCCCGGAACCGACCUAAUUCCUCGCAACUCUUUCGAAUUCCGUGAGUCGCCGUGUCCCAACCACAACGACCCGAUGUGGCCGAGCGUCCCAUCGUAUCCCGCAUAUUCACCAUCUUACCCAUUCGAAGACUAUGGCGCUGGGCACUGCGAGCACCCUCACAUGCACCCCCAGCAAGUCCAUCUAGGGCUUCCGAGCCAGCCAAUUGACCCCAACGAGGAGUGGGUUAACGUGAAGCGCGAGGCGUCUUGGGAUGACUUUUGAGGGCGGACAAAAAAUUAUGGGCAAGCGAGGCAAUUGGAUUUCGCUCUUGGUCU